AUGAGUAAUGUUGAUGGAGAAAAAAAAAAAAAAAAAAAAUAUAGAAAAGAUAAACCAUGGGAUAAUGAAAAUAUUGAUCAUUGGAAGAUUGAAAAAUUCACAAGAGAAGAUAAUAAACAUCAUUUUUUAGAAGAAUCAAGUUUUAAGGUAUUAUUUCCAAAAUAUAGAGAAAAAUAUUUACAGCAGUUUUCUACUGAUAUAAAAAAUGUAUUAAAUAAACAUUAUGUAAAAUUUGAAAUAAAUUUAAUUGAGGGAUAUAUGUGUGUGAAAACAACAAAGAAAACAUUUGAUCCAUAUAUAAUAAUAAAAGCAAGAGAUAUGAUCUCUUUAUUAUCAAGAAGUGUUCCUUUUAAUCAUGCAAAGAGAGUAUUAGAAGAUGAAGUUUUUAGUGACAUUAUAAAAAUAAGUGGUUUUGUUCGUAAUAAAAAUAAAUUCAUUAAAAGGAGACAAAGAUUAUUAGGAAGUAAUGCAACAACUUUAAAAGCUUUAGAAAUUUUAACUAAUUGUUAUAUUUGUGUGCAUGGUAAAACAGUGAGUGUUAUUGGUCAUUUCAAAUCAUUAAAAAUUGUUAGAAGAAUUAUUAUUGAUUGUAUGAAAAAUAUUCAUCCUGUUUAUCAUAUAAAAGAAUUAAUUGCAAAAAGAGAAUUAGAAAAAAAUGAAAAUUUUAAAAACGAAAAUUGGGAAAAGUAUUUACCUAAUUUUAAAAAAAGAAACGUUCAAAGAAGAAAAAUUAAAGAAAAAUUAGACAAAAAGAAAAAUAAGAAAAAAUCUGUCUUUCCUCCUGAUCAAUUACCAAGAAAAAUUGAUAUUCAAAUGGAAACUGGUGAAUAUUUUUUAAAUAAUGAAAAACAAAAAAAAAAAAAAAAAACUGAAAAAAACGAUGAUUCUUUAGAUAGCAAAAUGUAA